AUGGCGGCGCGCAGCCUGGGCCGCGGCGUCGAGCUGCUGGGCGGCCUGCGAGGGCUCUCCGGGCAGCCCGCGCGGCCGCUGUGUCGGGUGAGCGCUUGCCGCUCGGUGACCUCGGGACCCUGGGGCAGCGCCCCCGCAGUUGCCGCAGCCUGACAGCUCGGCUCGUACCCCGCGCUGAGUGCACAGGCAGCCGAGCCAGCCGCCUUCUGGGGGCCUCUGGCGCGAGAUGCUCUGUGGGACACCCCCUACCACACCGUCUGGACCUGGAAGCUUAGCACUGGCAAGAUCGGCUGGUUCCUGGGAGGCCAGUUAAACGUCUCUGUCAACUGCUUGGACCAGCAUGUUCGGAAGUCCCCCGAGAGCGUUGCGUUGAUCUGGGAGCGCAAUGAGCCUGGAACGGAAGUGAGGAUCACCUACAGGGAACUGCACGGAACAACGUGCCGUCUAGCCAACACGCUGAAGAGGCAUGGAGUCCGCCGUGGGGACUGUGUUGCCAUCUACAUGCCCGUGUCCCCACUGGCUGUGGCAGCAAUGCUGGCCUGUGCCAGGAUCGGAGCUAUCCACACAGUCAUCUUUGCUGGCUUCAGUGCGAGCUUGGUCGCUGGGAGGUGGACUGAUCAGAAAUGUCUGUGUUGUCUCUGUUAGCCAAAUUUCAAAUUAGUUAUCACCUUCAACCAAGGACUUCGGGGUGGGUGCGUGAUGGAGCUGAAGAAAAUAGUGGAUGAGGCUGUGAAGCACUGCCCCACCGUGCAAGCGUGUCUGACUCCCAGGACAGACAACAAGAGUCCACAUGCAGGGUCUGGACGAUCGCUGGAGCAGGAAAUGGCCAAGGAAGACCCUGUCGUCCCAGAGGCUGGGCAGCGAGGAGUGCUCUUCAUGCUGUACACCUCAGGGAGCACUGGAAUGCCCAAGGGCAUUGUCCAGCAGGCAGGCUACCUGCUCUAUGCCGCCCUGACCCACAAGCUUGUGUUUGACCACCGGCCAGGUGACAUCUUCGGCUGUGUGGCUGACAUUGGCUGGAUUACAGGACACAGCUAUGUGGUGUAUGGGCCUCUCUGCAAUGGAGCCACCAGUGUCCUUUUAGCCCCCAGUUUACCCAAUGCUGGUCGGUACUAGGAAGACAAUAGAAGGGUGAAAAGAAUCAAUCAAUUCUAUGGCGCAACGGCUGUCCGGCUGUUGCUGAAAAUCAUGAUUACGUUGGCGGUGGAAGAGUCUCGAUCAAACCAUCGCCGGACCCGCAGUUCGGUGGAGAGUCACAUCAGCUGCGAGGCCUGGGAGUGGCUUCACAGGGUGGAGGACAGCAGAGGAGUGCACUUGGUGGACACCUGGUGGCAGACAGAAGCAGACAGCAUCUGCAUCGCACCCGGCCCCACCGAAGAAGGGUGGGAAAUGCUCCCUGGCAUGGUGAGGCCCUUCUUUGGCAUCGUCCCCGUCCUCAUGGAUGAGAAAGGUGGCAGCGUCGUGGAGGGCAGCAACGUCUCAGGGCCUAUUGCACCUCUCCAGGCCUGGCCGGGCAUGGCCAGGAUAUCUAUAGACCACCAGCGGCUGUUCGCCACUGGAGGCGGGGCUCCCUUGCGGAACCGAGGCGGCUAUUACCAGAUCACGAGGCGGAUGGAUGAUGUCAUCAGCAUCCAGUGGCCACCGGCUAGAGGACCGCAGGGCGACCACCCUGCAGUGCCAGAAAGUGCUGUCAUUGGCUAUCCCCACGACAUCAAAGGAAGAAUCGCUGCCACUUUUCAUGAAACUGAGUACAUCUUUGGGUUUGCAACUAAAGAAACCAGCUGCUACAAUGUCCCUAACAUAGAAUUCAGCCCUUUGGAUUCCUGGCAGUCUGUGCAUAGCACCCCUUCGGAGUUGGCUCAUUGUCUAGUAUUUAAUACAUCCCCAAAGACUUUAUUUUCAGCUGCCUUUGCCUUCAUUGUGGUGAAAGAUAGUGCAGGUGACUCAGAUGUGGUGGUGCAGGAGCUCAAGUCCAUGGUGGCCACCAAGAUUGCCAAAUAUGCUGUGCCUGAUGAGAUCCUGGUGGUGAAACGUCUUCAAGAAACCAGGUCUGGGAAGGUCAUGCAGGCGGCUCCUGAGAAGAUCAUCACUAGUGAGGCCCAGGAGCUGGGGGACACUACCACCCUGGAGGACCCCGCGUAUCGGGAGAUCCUGAGCCACCAGAAGUGCAAGGACAAGCAGCCUGCCGCUAAGUGA